GGACUUUCUUCUGCCCACUGGUAUCUACAUCCAGAUGGAUGUUCCUCGCGAGGCCACCAUUCAGCACAUCAAACUGCUCUUAUGGAAGCAGGCUCAGUCAUUCCCACUGUUUUCCACCCUUGGCGAGAUGGAAAGCCACAUGUUCGAGUGCGUCAACCAGGCAGCCGUGCACGAAGAACUGGAGGACGAAACUCGCCGUCUGUGCGACGUUCGCCCUUUCCUACCAGUCCUCAAGCUUGUGACGCGCAACUGUGGCCGAGCAGAGCGCCUCCUGGACUCCAAAAUAGGAGUGCUAAUUGGCAAGGGUCUCCAUGAACUCGAUGCCAUAAAUGACCAGGAGGUGAAGGACUUUCGCUACAAGAUGCUGCGUAUAAGUGAAGAGAGGAUGCAGCGAUUUCAGAUGAUGACGUGUUCAGAGUGGAUGCAGGCAUGCUUCUCCCCUCAGCUGGAGCCCACAGCAGGGACAUCCAUCACAGACGGGCUCAACGACCAGCAGGCUGACCUGAAAGUCAUCAUCCACUUCGACCAGUCUCAGGACUCAGCCAGUGUGUUGGUACCAUCGUCCUGCACCCCCACGGAGCUGAUGGAGCAGGCUGUGAGGAAGUGGCUUACCACCCAUGGGCCCGAGGAGGAGGCAUGGCGGGGUCAGUACGUGCUGAGGGUCAGCCACUGUCUGGAGUUCCUCUGUGGAGAUCACCCCCUCUGGCAGUACCAGUACAUCCGCACAUGCAUGCAAGCCAAGGAGCCUCCACACCUCACCCUGGUCCACACCAGUACCGUCAAAGCCCUGUUCGAAAGGGAAAUAUCCACCAUCGGAGCCGUGGUUAGCCGCAAGUCCUCCAACCCACCUCUACCACUACCUCCCAAGAGAAGAGUUCCCACGCAAGUACAGACGUGUGUGUGGGAUGUGUCAAGCCCAUUUAAGAUAAUGCUGGUGAAAGGCAGCAAGGUGAAUGCAGAGGAGAACGCCAAGGUCCAGGUGAGGGCAGGGCUCUUUCAUGGCACAGAGCUGCUGUGUAAGCCGGCAGUGAGCAGUGAGAGCAAUGGGCGUUCAGACCACACGUGGAAGGACAGCAUGCUAGAGUUUGAUAUCUCUGUCAGCGAUCUGCCACGCAUGACCCGCCUCUGCAUCGCUAUCUAUGCUGUCAUGGAUAAAGUCAAGAAGCAGAAGUCAACCAAAAACGCUCACAUAAAUAAGUACCAGACCAUCCGCAAAGCAGGGAAAGUGCACUACCCCAUUGCCUGGGUCAACACCAUGGUGUUUGACUACAGGGGUCACCUCAAGACGGGAGACAUCAUCCUGCACUGCUGGUCUUCAUUUCCUGAUGAACUUGAAGAGAUGCUGAACCCCAUAGGAACCGUUCAGACCAACCCAUACACUGAGAACGCUACAGCACUGCACAUCAACUUCCCAGAGUACUCGUCACACCCCAUCGUUUUCCCUCCCUUUGACAAGAUACUGGAAAAAGCUGCAGAGAUCGUUGGAGCUAGUGACUGUGCACCCAUGGGUCGUGGGGGUAAGAAGUUCCACAUAGAGCUGAAGGAGAUCAUGGAGCGUGACGCGCUCUCUCAGCUGUGUGAAAACGAGAAGGAUCUGAUCUGGACACUACGCGGUGACUGCUGGGAGUAUUUCCCCCAGUCGUUGCCAAAGCUGCUACUCUCAGUGAAGUGGAGCAAACAUGAGGACAUGGCCCAGCUGCAGGCACUUCUUCAGAUUUGGCCCAAACUUUGUCCCAGAGAUGCUCUGGAGCUUCUAGACUUCAACUAUCCUGAUCAGUAUGUCAGAGAAUAUGCUGUGCGCUGUCUGCAGGAUAUGAGUGAUGAGGAGCUGUCUCAAUAUUUGCUACAGUUGGUGCAGGUAUUGCGUUAUGAGCCUUACUAUGACUGCGCCCUCACCCACUUCCUGCUGAAGCGUGCUCAGGGGAAUCGCAAGAUAGGACACUUCCUCUUCUGGCAUCUACGGUCGGAGAUCCACAUGCCUGCUGUGUCUGUGCAGUUUGCCCUCAUUCUGGAGGCCUACUGUAGAGGCAGCAUCCCUCAUAUUGAGGUUUUAAAGAAACAGGUGGAAGCCCUGAGUAAGCUAAAGUCAGUAAAUGAACUAAUCAAGCUGGGAACCAUCAAAAACGCUCGGAGUAAAACCAAGGAGGCCAUGUUGACCAAGGAGGCCAUGAUGACUUGUCUGAGGCAGAGCGGCUACUCUGAGACUCUGUCAGACCUGCACUCCCCUCUGAACCCCAACGUCCUGCUGUCUGGCAUUAAUGUGGAGAAGUGUCGGUACAUGGACUCAAAGAUGAAGCCGCUCUGGAUCGUGUACAACAACAAGCUGCUAAAUGGAGACAGCCUGGGUAUCAUCUUCAAGAAUGGAGAUGACCUGAGGCAAGACAUGUUGACCCUCCAGAUUUUGAGGUUAAUGGAUCUACUGUGGAAGGAGGCUAAUCUGGACCUACGAAUCGUUCCAUAUGGAUGUCUAGCCACAGGUGACCGGGCAGGACUGAUCGAGGUGGUCUCAUCAGCAGACACAAUUGCAAACAUCCAGCUGACCAGCAGCAACGUGGCAGCAGCAGCCGCCUUCAACAAGGAUGCUUUACUGAACUGGCUCAAAGAGAGGAACUCCAGUGAUGCUCUUGAGCGGGUCAUUGAGGAGUUCACUCUGUCAUGUGCAGGCUACUGUGUAGCCACCUACGUCCUCGGUAUAGGAGACCGCCACAGCGACAACAUCAUGGUCCGCAGCACCGGCCAGCUCUUCCAUAUCGACUUUGGUCACAUCCUGGGAAACUUCAAGUCCAAGUUUGGCAUCAAGAGGGAGCGUGUGCCCUUCAUCCUUACACACGACUUCAUCCAUGUCAUACAGCAGGGCAAGACGGGAUACACAGAGAAAUUUGGCAGUUUCCGUCGGUACUGUGAGGAGGCCUAUCUAAUCCUGAGGAAGAAUGGGAACCUCUUCAUCACACUGUUCGCCCUCAUGCUGACUGCUGGACUGCCUGAGCUCACUUCAGUCAAAGACAUCCAGUACUUAAAGGACUCUCUGGCGCUGGGUAAAACAGACGAGGAGGCGCUGAAGCAGUUUCGCCAGAAGUUUGAUGAGGCCCUCAGAGAGAGCUGGACAACCAAAGUCAACUGGAUGGCCCACAACGUGGCCAAAGACAACCGCUCAUAGAGCAGCUGAGACCCCUCCCAGGUGGGGUUAGGGGCCAAGAGGACACAGAGACAGAGUGUUUGUGCGAGGGGAAAAAGGUGUGGCAAGGAAACAGAGACCGCCACCCUGGUUUUAAGAAGGGAAUCUAUCAGAAUUUCCCAAAAACAAGCAGAUAUCGCCUCAUAUGCUGUACCCCCGGAGUAAACCUACUCUCCAAAACAGUUCAGUUGUCCUGCACCAUUAUUUUCUUUUUCCCUCCUCGCCCUGCAUUACUAUGGCUCAGUGCACUCUGGAAGUUCAGAUUCAUGGUCGUGUGACAUUUCUGUGGAGUCACGGUGGGUGAAAUCAUUGCUAGUUUUGCACAGGCACAAGAGCAGAUAGAGCACACAGCCAAAGGAAGGGAACUGAAGCGCCAACACUAAAGCUAAACAGUCCCUGAGGAGCUAAUGACUGGAAUCAUGAAGUGGAUUGGUUGUCAGGCGGACAGGAUAGGACUCUGUGAGGGGACAAGAGGACUACACCCCUGGACUGUGGUUGGUGCAGCUGAGAUAAGAGAUGGGUGUGGAAAGGGCAGCAUUAAAAAAUAUGAAACAUCUGACCCCCAUGUCUUAAAACAAUGUGCACAACGCCCACAGGAAGUGCAUCUUAACAGUCUCUCUACCGCUGCCUCUAAAUGUGCCUCAAAACUGCAGGAAGAUUGUAUUUUUUAAGACUGUUUUAUUUUAUUUUGCAAUUUAAGAGUUUAUCAUAAGAUGUUUUAUGUGCCAGACUACUUUAUCAGUCCACAGUGAGACAUUGUGUUAGGGAAAUAGUAAUGAAAGAGAAGGAACAAUUAGAGGAAAAAUGGGCUGAGCCUCAGCUCAUUGGACCAUCAAACACUGGGAUGUUUUCAGAAAGAUGUACAAAUGGUCUCUUAACGAACUAAACACUUCAUUUUACUCUAAAAUGACAAUGUGCUUUGUUUCUUUGUAAAUUUUUGAAUCAUGAAUUAUUGGAAAAAGUGUGGUCCCCUCUGACUUAUCAUAGGUGACCUUAAAUCUGAAAGGAUGUCAGCUUUCAAGAGCACCAUCCCGCUCCUGUUAGCAUCCUGAUAAAUAAACUCACUGAUGCUUUUAACACGACAGGACCAAAACAUAGAGCAGAUCUGUGGUAACUGUAUUGUUGAUACUGUGGUUUUAAUUCUGUUUCUGAAUUGAAUGUGAAAACAUGCCGGUCUCCUUUUUAAGUGUAUUUGUUUUUAUACAAGCAGGUGUGGGCGGAGUCUGCGGCCUGCAUGGGCGGGGUUUAUCACUAUGGACAUUAAACUGCAAUGCAAAGCUAAUUCCUUAUUUCCAACAUACGGUGCUGCUCAGCAUCUGCAUCUGUGAUUCAUUUUUGUGCAAUAUCCCAGUAUAUGAACCAUAUCCUAUUAUAUAAAACCUUAGGCCCAGGCCUAAGCCUAUAAUGGUUUUUCUCUCUGUCGGUGUUUGUGUGAUGCAGCUAUACUUCGCACCACUAGCCUUCAAAAGUCUUAGACACUGGAUAUUGUCAAAUGUACAGGCUUCUAUUGUUUGUUUUGCUGGUUUUUGUUUCAUAGGAGUUUUAUUAAAGUUAUUUUCCACUGCGCUA